AUGACUCAGACAAUUUCCAAGCGCGUCUCGCUCUCCAAUUUGACAAAGGCCACUUCCGCCUUUGUCCACCACAGCCGUCCCAAGACACCAGAACCAAUCCGACCAACACUUCAAGAGCAGCUUGAUGCCGCUCAGCCUGCCGAAGAGCCCUGGGAUGCUUUCAGCUAUCCCAAAGUUCGCACCGAUCCCGGCCAUGGCAUCUGGAUCUGCGGAUGUGGUUUUGAAAACCACUUGAUCCACUACCAGGGCAGUUACCCCUUCAAGUACCUAUCCUCACAUCGAUACCUUGUAUCGCAAAAGGAGAUUCUUGAGGACCGCUUCAUCCAACAGCAAAAUAUUGACUUCAGUAGAUAUUGCCGUUCGUGCCGUCGUUGUGGACUGACACAGCGUGCGAGUGUAGUAGGAUCCAGCAUCUUGUUUGGCCAACUGCUUUGUUUGCGCAGCGAGACGGACGAAAGGGAACCCAUGUACUUUUACAUCGGAGACGUUGAGUCCUACCGUCACGACCCUGAUGGUGCGGCUGUAGAGCUAAGCAUCAAACGCAGACUCGAAGCAUCCAUGCGAUACUUUGAUCGACGACAUAUUCGGAAGGAUACGGUGCGCUGA